CCCGGUGCGUCCGCUCGUCCUCUCGUUCGUCCUCAGUGCAGGAUAACGAUACACGCGCUCAUCACAGCCGGUAAAACAGGCCGCAGGCGACAAAACUCUCUUUAUCCGAGCUGUGCCAGUCUCAGUGCGGGGAAGCAGAGCUCUCAGACUCCGGUGAGACUUUCCAGACAAUCAACUAUGGACGCUAUCAUUCGCUGCCCAUUCCUGUCUCGCGUCCCUCAAACCUUCCUGCAGCAGGCCAGGAAGUCCUUGGUGGCGUACGCAGUGAAAUGUCCCGUCAUGAUGGACCUUGCCUCGAGGCCACUGGUCCGCUCGCUCUGUUCCACGUCCUCCAGCUUCCAGAAGGUCGAGAACACGACCCCAGCCGGAGACGAAGCCCCAAGGUUCCUGCGGGUCACCCCGUGCCUCCGGUGGGUUCAGCGGCUGCCUCCAAAUGCCCGUUCCUGGCCGCAGAGAUGGGUCAGAAGAACAGCUGCGUGGUUCGGCAGGCCAGCAUGGCUCUUCAGGAGGAUGUUUCUGAGGUUCGCACCAUGCGCAAAGACGUCUCUCCAUCGGAGCUCAAUCCUUUGGUGAAGGACACCAAGAUGGGAGGAAACCUCAUGAAGAAGCUGAUGAAGCAGCGUCCCACCAGGGUCUCUCAUUUGCUGCAGGAGAACAUGCCCAAAACUGUAUCCAACUUUCGUUAUGAUGAGUUCUUUGAGAAGAAGAUUGAGGAAAAGAAGGACGAUCACACGUACCGUGUGUUUAAGACGGUGAACCGCAGAGCUACGGAGUUCCCGAUGGCGGACGAUUACUCCGAGUCCUUGUCCUUCAGGAGGAACGUCUCUGUGUGGUGCAGCAACGACUAUCUGGGCAUGAGCCGCCACCCGCAGGUCGUGCAAACUAUAACGGACACUUUAGGGAAGCACGGUUCGGGAGCUGGAGGGACUCGGAAUAUAUCGGGAACGAGUAAGUUCCACGUGGACCUGGAGCACGAGCUGGCCGAUCUUCACGGGAAGGACGCUGCCUUGCUCUUCACCUCCUGCUUUGUGGCCAAUGACUCCACACUCUUCACGCUGGCCAAGAUGCUGCCUGGUUGUGAGAUCUAUUCAGACGCUGGCAACCACGCCUCAAUGAUUCAGGGCAUCAGGAACAGCGGCGCCAAGAAGUUUAUCUUCCGUCACAAUGACGCCAGACAUUUACGCCAGCUUCUGGAGAAAUCUGAUCCCUCCACUCCAAAGAUCGUAGCCUUUGAGACUGUGCACUCGAUGGACGGUGCCGUGUGUCCGCUGGAGGAGAUGUGUGACAUCGCCCACGAGUUCGGCGCCAUCACUUUCGUGGACGAGGUUCACGCGGUGGGACUGUACGGAGCCAGGGGAGGCGGCAUCGGAGACCGCGACGGGGUGAUGCACAAGAUGGACAUCAUCUCCGGCACGCUGGGGAAAGCGUUCGGGUGUGUCGGCGGUUACAUCGCUAGCACCAACGCUCUGGUGGACACCGUCCGUUCCUACGCCGCUGGCUUCAUUUUCACCACGUCACUGCCUCCCAUGCUGCUCGCCGGCGCCCGCCAGUCCGUCCAGAUCCUGAAGAGCGAGGAAGGCCGCGCGCUCCGCCGCAAACACCAGCGCAACGUCAAGCUGCUGCGGCAGAUGCUGAUGGACACCGGCCUGCCCGUGGUUCACUGCCCCAGCCACAUCAUUCCUGUCCGAGUUUCGGAUGCUGAGAAGAACACGGAGGUGUGUGACAUCAUGAUGAGCCGCUACAACAUCUACGUCCAGGCCAUUAACUACCCGACCGUGGCCCGCGGAGAGGAGCUGCUCCGCAUCGCGCCCACGCCUCACCACACGCCGCAGAUGAUGCAGUACUUCGUGGAUAAGCUGACGCAGACGUGGACGGAGGUCGGUCUGGAGCUGAAGCCGCACUCGUCCGCCGAGUGUAACUUCUGCCGGCAGCCGCUGCACUUCCAGCUGAUGAGCGAGAGGGAGAAGUCCUUCUUCAGCGGCCUCAGCCAACCCGUGUCGGCCUGCGGCUGACCAGAGCGUGCAGAUCCUCCCUCCAACAGAUCCACAGAAUAAAUAUUUAGACCACUUAAUUUGCGUAUUUAUGUAUUUUGUUAUUGGAGUAAAUCUAAAGUAUUUUAUAUUUAAAGAUGUUUAACUAGUGUAGGCCAGUCAUUGGUUAUUCACACAUGAAGCAUUACUGAUGUAGAUGGAUUCUGCACUUCACUGGUUUUAAUAAACGAAUGACGCUCAGAUUUCA